AGAGUCUGAAGUAGUCGCAUAUUUUCAACUUGUUUUGUCAUCAGAUAUCAAAGAUUGAUAGUUAAAAAUUGCUAAUCAAUUUAUCAUGGCAUUGAAUGCCGAAUUGCGUAUUAAUCUGGCAUCGUUGAAACGUCAAGAUCCAUAUAUAGGAAAUAUCACGGAUUCAUCUACUCAUGUUGCUGUCUACUCAUUCAGUCCCCAGUCUAACGAAUGGGAAAAGACUGAUGUUGAAGGAACAAUGUUUGUGUACAAAAGAGUUGCUCCACCAUAUUGGGGUUUCACAAUUUUAAAUCGAUUGAGCAUGGAAAAUCUCACAGAACCACUGACUUCUGAGUUAGAGUUUCAGACACAAAAUCCUUUCUUACUAUACAGAAAUGCAAAAUUGCUUAUUUAUGGAAUAUGGUUCUAUGAUCAAGAUGACUGCAAAAGAAUAGGAGAGCUUUUGGCAAAAUUAUGUAGAGAAUCGAGCCAUCCUCUGGCAAACGACACAAAAGCACAAAAAAUAAACAUCUUUGGUAAAUUGGAUAACAGCAUCUUAGGCAACAAGGAAUCGGUCCCAAAAUCAAAUUCCCCAACAUCCAACUCUGUGAACAGCAUAUCACCGGGUAGUUCAGUAGGUGGAGGUCAGAGACCACCAAGCAAUAAUGAGGAAGCAGAUUCUGAGAGUGAAGACAAAGAAGUACAACAGAGUACUAAUAAAGGAUCGAUUAAUAUAAUGGAUUUAUUAUAUAAAGCUCAAGAUAAAUAUGAAAAGGAGAAGAGAAACACACCAGAUCCAGUAAUUGAUGGAGCGCAGAAUGGAAUGUUAAUCAGUCCAACAGAUGCUGAAAUGCAGCUUGUCAAACCAGUGCCAAUCAAACCAACUCAUCCACAAAAGCUCGAUGUUGCAUCCUUGUUUAAGCAGCAACCACAUAAACCAUCAUCUGAUCCUUCUAUUGUGAACAACAAUCUACCUAUUACUGUGGCUCCUGCUAUGCUUCCAACUCCAACUAUGAAUGCACCCUUUGUUGGUAUUUUGCAGCAACAAAUGGUUGCAAUACCCACACCAAGUGCCAGUGUUAAUAUUCCAAAUCAGCCACAAAGAAGACAGCCUCGACCUAUAGGAAGAUCUUAUUCCCUGAACGAAAUGGCAAUGCGACAACAUUUUGAUGCUUAUGUGAAUGGUAAUGUUAUGUCAGUUGAGGAAGUAGAAGCAAGCAUGAAUCGAGGUUCUACAGCAAACCGACAACAGGAGGUCAAUUCUACUCUGGACAGAAUGAUCGAUAUGAUUAAUUCUGGAGGCGGAGUUUCUGGCAAUGUGGCAACAGGAGUUGCACAAACCCCACAACUACCAGGAAUACAAGAAACUGUUUUAAAUACACUGCCUGCAGCACCGAAAACAUCGUCUGGCAAUAGUGGAAGUAUUGUUGUAAAUGGUAACCAUGCAGUUUUCCAUGGUGAUGGUGAAGUUUUUGGAAAACCUUCCAGUCUUACUUAUACAGGAAGCUUGAUCCAUGCUGCCCAACCAGCAUAUGGGCAAUCGUCUGGCACACCGCGACAAAGGAGUAUCUCUACAUCGGGUGUGCAUGUUUCUCGACCUAAUUUUAUGGGUGUCAGCAGUGCACCACCAGUUGCUGUGAAAACGCCAUUCACUCCUAAUUUUCCUUUAUUACCGAAUUCGUUGACUUCGCCAGUUCAAAGCAUUGCCAACUCUGCUUCUGUUCCCCUCAAUCCUCAGGUUACCAAGCCUACAGUCUUUCCCACAAUGCCACAAAGUACUGAUUCAAGUUUAUUGCUGCAUGGCAAUGCGGUUAUUUCUGAAAAAUCAUCAUACAAUAUUCCGAAUUCACUAGUGUCUGCCAUAACAACAUCAGUAUCUGCAAUCAGCGUCCAGGAUCAGGCUAAUAAGGUUCCUCUUAAUACCACAAUCAUGCCUCGUACAAGUAAAAGUUCUCCAGCAGUUGCAGCAACCCUUAUCUCACCAGAAGAUUUUGAACGUUCAUCGACAACACCGCAAAAGAAACUUGAAUUAAAGCAGAGAAUGUUGCAAGAAGUAAAGCAGCCAAUUCCACAACCGAAUUUGGCAACAGUUCCACUCACAAAACAACAGCUUCAACAAACAAUGGUGUCCCUUCUGCAGAAAGACAGUUCUUUUCUUGCUGCAAUUCAUGAGGCGUACCUGGCCAACUUCCAACAGACAUAGUCUGACAUCAGUGCGAGAGUCACAUGUUCUAUGCAAGAUUUCAGCAGUCUGUUUUAAACUAGAUCUAUUUUUAGGCAACUGGAAUCUCAGCGUGUAUAUUCCGAUGUAAAACUAGAAAAAAAUAAAUAAUUUGGCUAAUUAUGUAUACAUUAUGUCUUUAAAACACUAUUGUGCCAGUAUUAGAGUUGCAGUCUCACUUUGUGUUUUAUUGCUUGAACAUUUGAAUAUGUGAUCCUGAUGAUGCAAAUCAAAAUUACUGUUGGGAUGACUGAAUGGUGACUACCGUGAUUUCGGAGAUGGUUAUCAAAAUGUAUUGUUUCUGCUCCCAAAAAUGAGGUGUAUGGUCUUUUUUACUUUUUGGUAAAAGUUCUUCUCCAAAGUUUCCAAAUGUUUUGGUAUUGUACAAACUAGUUCAACUCUUCAACACGAAAAUUUGUGUGUUUGUCAUUCAUGUCGCAUCAACUGAUUUUUCUUUAAUAUGCUUGUUGCAAAUUUUCAAUCCUUCAUUUAGUAGCAUCUUUUAUCUUGGACUUAUUAUUUUCAUUCAUACCAUUGAAUUUUGUCAAAUUGAGCUACAGGUUUUUUGCAAUUGUGGAGGUAAAUGAGACAUGCUCCAUGACUGCUGUGUUUUCCUUCAAACUAUGAUCGAGUGAUUCGAUAAUAUCUUCAUUAUUGUCUGUGUACCAGGGGAAUAGAAUUUUUUCUAUGAACAUUAGUUUUGGAGUUUGUGGUACAGUUAGUUUUGUGUCAUGUUGAUAUUUUUUGCACUUUGAUUUUUAAUGUUGAUUCUGUAUGACCUGCCAUUAACCACUUUUGUUAUACUGCCUGUUUGUUGUAUUUUACGGCCUACCACAAGCUCAAAAUCGAAUCCUACAAAUGUCUAAAUUUGUUGGCAGUGGGCUUGAAUAUUUGAUCCUGUAGCUCUCAUUGAGUUAUUUCAAUUACUGUCAAAUUAAUCUGUUAUGGUUGUAAAGUAGUUUUGAAACUGUGGAAAACAAUCUAUUAAAUUUGGUAAUAACAUCUAACUAGA